UCCCCAAAAGUUCAUCCACUGCAAGCUCAUCAAUCACGCCCUCACCCUGUCUCUCUACUGGUCAAAAGUUGACGUUAUCCUCAUGCGCCGACACGACAAAUUAUUAUUGCAACACCACCACCUCCAUGUGUGUUCCAAAACAAGCCGAUAACGCCAGUUGCACGGAUAAUCUUAUGUGUAAUGUAAAUUCCGCAUGUCAAAACCUCGUAUGUGUUCCGCUUGCCUCUAAUGGUAGUGGCGGUGUUAAUGUCGGCAAAGUCGGAAUAAUUGCCGGUGUUAUAGCUGGUAUAUUCGUGUUGGCGGGUAUCGCGUUCUGGGCUUAUGGAUUUUUAGCUAAAAGGAAAGAGAAUAGGCGAAGAAUGGAAGAACCCUAUGAAUCGAAAACGAAUUCGAGGUUUGAGCCAUCUACAGAUUAUCCGUUUAUCUCGAGACCAAAUUCUUUUUCGAAUUCCAACGCGCCACCACCGGCGGUUACCAGACCCGACAUGCGAGCUUUUGGCGGUGCACCGAAUAAUAAUGCCUACGGUAGACCACCACCAACUGUUCAGUACAAUCAGCAACUUAAUAAUUACACUGAAUUUGAAAACACAAACGUGGAUCGGUCAUCCAAGUAUAAUUAUCUUUCAACCGCGUUUACGAAGAUGCGACUUUCUAUGGGUUAUGGGAUAAAUAACUCACAACCUGAAAGCGCAAAUGGUCCAUUACCAUUUACUGCAAACAAUGAAAGUCGAAUGGGCGCAAAUCCUCAAAUGCAGGGAAAUAACGACUUCAAUGUUGCUACCCAUGAUGUGAAAUACCCCCUCGGUAAUGUAGAAGAGGAAGAUUUGGAAGAAAAUAUUACUUUAAGAGAUUCCAGUGUUCUGCCUGCUGACGAUCAAGACGUAUUUUCGUUGGUAUCUGAAUCUCCAUAUUUGGGCCUAGAAAGAAACAAUUCAUCCGCCUCCCAAGAGGGUGAUAGAAGACGUUAUAAAAUGG